GCGUGGAGUCUCCUCCUCCUCUUCACAUAAACUCUUUGAUUCCCACAGAAGGCACACACACAGAAGCAUCUCUGGUUGUUUUUAAACUCUUUUGGCCUUUGUUUUUGUCCGUCCCAUCUGUUUGUACCUGUGGGACCUGUGGGUCACUUUAGCAGCACCUGGGACUUAUUUACUUAUCGGAGUAGCACACACUCUUCUACUCCCUCGUGCCUCCCUCCCCAGACCUUCUGUGACUGUCAGCCCUCCACCGGUGGACUAUGCCCCUAUCAGUCAGCUGAGGGAGGGGGCUCUGCAGCUGCUCAGUCUCCCACCUGGAGAAGGCUUGGUCUGAAAUUAAAGAGAAGACGGUAAUUGCUGAAGAUGCAAGCUUCAACUGUCUCACCUGGGACCAACACUACAGUACCUUCAAACACAACCACCACCACAAAGACCAAAGAACAAAUACUCAUCCAGAGCUCCGGGGCAAUGAUCGCUGUCAUUGUCAUAGGUAUCAUCAUCCUUCUUGCCAUUCUGCUGAUCAUCCUGAAGACGUACAACAGGCGGACCCAUGUAUCCAGAGUCCUGGGAGCCAGCGGUGGCUCCAAACCUCGUCCGAAGAUGUCACAAUCCACAGUUCCGAGCAGCAUGCCGCUGAGCACCAUGGGAGUCAACUCUGUGUCGGGCAGCAUCUCCAAUUUAAACCCAGCCUCAGAGAAUGGCUUCCAGCUACCCAGAGUGGAGCUGAUCAGUGUGGAGGGAAACCACAUAGAGCAAUCCAGCACCAUCAGUGAAUCCACUGCGAUAACCAUACACAAUUCUCCAUCAAUGAGAAACACAUAGCAGCAAGACUGUGGUUCUCACAACAGGCACUGACUGAUGUGUUGUCUCCAUCCGUGACCACAUACUGUGUGCAGACUGAAUCCUGUGAAAACUCAAUCCGUGACGUUAGUGUUUUCACUGUCAAUCUCCACCA